GCAAGCGCGUCGAUGCACGCAGUGGUCUCUGUGACAGGCUAGCGCGCCAAAUUGAUGUUACCGACAACAGAAAACAAAUUAAUGCUUAGCUAGCCACAAAACUACCCAGUAAACGUCGCGGAGACUCUUAGGACGAAAUUGUUUUCCUGUCAAAGCUCAGACUGAGGCACCUGGUCCGCUGUCAGGAUGGGUCUGCUCGAGCGUUGCCAGGAGCUUUUUAAGACCUCAAACUUGUAUGAGGUUCUGGGAAUCAACAAAGAGGCGACAGAGGCUGAGAUCCGAAGGAGCUACUACAAAGUGUCGCUGAAAGUCCAUCCAGACCGGGCUCCCGACGACCCGCUGGCCACAGAGAAAUUUCAGGUGUUGGGAAAGCUGUACGCGGUGCUGAGCGAUAAGGAGCAGAAGGCUAUUUACGAUGAGCAGGGAGUGGUGGAUGAAGAGUCUGACGUCCUGAAGCAAGACCGCUGCUGGGAAGACUAUUGGAGACUGCUUUUCCCAAAGAUCACAGUCCAGGACAUCCUUGAGUUUGAGAAGACGUACAAGGGCUCUGACGAGGAGCGACAGGAUGUGAUCAAGCUUUACUUACAGCAUGAGGGAGAUAUGGAUGCCAUCACCGCCUCAGCUCUGUGCUGCUCCCAAGAAGAUGAGCCCAGGCUGUGCAGCAUGAUCCAAGAUGCCAUCGAUAGUGGCGAAGUAACAGCCUUCCCAGCUUUUACUCAUGAGACCGAGAAGAAGAAAAGGGCCCGGAGGAAGAGGGCUGAUAGAGAGCGGCAAGAAGCAGAGGAAAUGCAGAAAGAGAUGGGGCUGGACAACCAGGAUGACAGUCUUGUGAUGAUGCUUAAGCAACGACAGCAGUCCAGAGAGCAAAAUUUUAACAGUUUCCUGUCUGACCUGGAAGCAAAAUACUCCAAGAAAAGUGCCCCAAAACCCCAAAAAGGGAAAAAAGCAAAAAAGUAAAAUGUUCUAAUAUUAGUAGAUACAAUGUAUGUAAGUUCUGAAAGAUAACCACAUUCACAAAACAACAACUUUGGAAGAACAUUCAUAUUCUUCUGUAAUCAUUGAAAUGAUCAGC